CUCGGGGCCCCGCGCCUCAGCUCUCUGCAGCCCAGCGGCCGCCGCGGCGGGAGGAUAUUUUAACAAUUAGAUCAUGGCGACCAUAGAAGAAAUUGCACAUCAAAUUAUUGAACAACAGAUGGGUGAGAUUGUUACAGAACAGCAGACGGAACAGAAAAUCCAGAUUCUGACCGCACUCGACCAUAGCACACAGGGCAAACAGUUCAUUCUGGCAAACUCUGAGGGCUCCACCCCAGGAAAAGUGUUCCUCACCACCCCAGAUGCUGCAGGUGUCAACCAGCUGUUCUUUGCAACUCCUGACCUGUCCUCACCACAUCUCCAGCUCUUUACAGAAAACUCUCCUGACCAGGGACCAAAUAAGGUUUUUGAUCUUUGUGUAGUGUGUGGAGACAAAGCGUCAGGACGUCACUAUGGAGCAAUAACUUGUGAAGGCUGCAAAGGAUUUUUUAAAAGAAGCAUCCGCAAAAAUCUAGUGUAUUCCUGUCGAGGAUCAAAAGACUGCAUAAUUAACAAGCACCACCGAAACCGUUGUCAGUACUGCCGGCUGCAGCGGUGCAUCGCAUUCGGGAUGAAACAGGACUCUGUUCAGUGUGAAAGAAAACCCAUUGAAGUAUCCCGAGAAAAAUCUUCUAACUGUGCCGCUUCCACAGAAAAAAUCUACAUCCGCAAAGACCUGCGAAGCCCGCUGGCUGCCACUCCAACCUUUGUGACAGAUGGCGAGACCACCAGGUCAACAGGACUGUUGGAUUCAGGAAUGUUCGUGAAUAUUCACCAGUCUGGAAUAAAAACAGAACCAACUAUGCUAAUGACACCAGAUAAGGUUGAAUCGUGUCAGGGAGACUUAAGCACUUUGGCCAGUGUGGUAACGUCACUAGCAAAUCUCGGCAAAGCUAAAGACCUUUCUUACAGUAGUAACAUGCCUGUGGUGGAAAGCUUACGCAAUGGUGACACAUCCUUCUGUGCAUUUCAUCAAGACAUUCAGACCAAUGGUGAUGUCUCAAGGGCAUUUGACACUCUUGCAAGGGCAUUGACUCCAGGAGAAAGCACAGCCUGUCAGAGCCCAGUAGAAGGCAUGGAAGGAACCGCACAUCUCAUCACUGGAGGAGAGUCGAGCUACAUGGAGAAAGAGGGGCCGCUGCUCAGCGAGUCACAUGUAGUUUUCAGGCUCACCAUGCCUUCUCCUAUGCCCGAGUACCUGAAUGUGCACUACAUUGGGGAGUCGGCCUCCAGACUGCUGUUCUUGUCGAUACACUGGGCACUUUCCAUCCCUUCUUUCCAGGCCCUAGGGCAAGAAAACAGUAUAUCAUUGGUAAAAGCGUAUUGGAACGAACUCUUCACGCUUGGUCUUGCCCAGUGCUGGCAGGUGAUGAACGUAGCAACUAUAUUAGCAACAUUUGUCAAUUGUCUUCACAGUAGCCUUCAGCAAGAUAAGAUGUCGCCUGAAAGGAGAAAGUCCCUGAUGGAGCACAUCUUUAAGUUGCAGGAGUUCUGUAACAGCAUGGUAAAACUCUGCAUCGAUGGCUACGAAUACGCCUACCUGAAGGCCAUAGUUCUCUUCAGCCCAGAUCAUCCAGGCCUGGAGAACAUGGAGCUCAUUGAGAAAUUUCAGGAAAAGGCUUAUGUGGAAUUCCAGGAUUAUAUCACCAGGACAUACCCAGAUGACACCUACAGGCUGUCUCGGCUGCUUCUCAGACUCCCGGCGCUGAGAUUGAUGAACGCCACCAUCACCGAAGAAUUGUUCUUCAAGGGUCUCAUUGGAAAUGUACGAAUCGACAGUGUCAUCCCACACAUUCUAAAAAUGGAGCCUGUGGAUUACAACUCUCAAAUCAUUGGUCACAGCCUUUGAAAGUCGAGGGCGCAUUGCUAUGAACUAAGUUUACUGUUCCUUCUUGGGACACAAGACACCAAAUCAAACUGUUGCUUCCAGGGCAUCUGCAAAUAUUAACUUUAAGAGUAACCAAAAUUCAAAGUAUUUUUAUUUGGAUUCCUUAAGAAGAAUGUGACUUAGGUAGGGAUCCGGAAUUAGAUUUCCAUGCCUGUGCUAUGGGGUUGAUUAAGAAAUGGUAUGGGUUCAUCCAAGACUGUCUCCUCCUGACCAUCUACACUAAGCUUUCUCAUUCUAUUUUAUAAAACAAAUAAACUAAUCAUUUCCCCC